AUGAUCGGCACUCUGUACUUCUUAGCGCUGCUGAGCUCGUCGAUGGCCUCAGGGUAUGUAGGCCUGUGGAGCGAGCGAGCCAGGAAUGGGACAGGAGGUGGGGACAGGUGCACUUGUGACGCCUUCUUGCCAAGUUCUACCUUCCCUGUUGGAGACCUGGUGGUGGUGGAGCAGACAGCUGCGGAGAUCUCACACAAAGUGGAGCUGGAGAUGGGCAAGCUGGAAGACUAUGAGAUCAAGCUGACAGCGUAUGCAGAAAAGAUAAUACACCUGACAGCAGAAAUAGAAACAAUGGAGAAGAACCCUGAUGACUACAAUGAUGCCGACCUGGACGAUACGAAGGUGGAGAUCAAACAAGUGGAGGCUCUGAUUAAAGAGCUGCAGCUCUCCAUCAGAGGCUCCACCACUGUCUUUGAGUCUCUGCGUGUACAGAUCACAGUCAUGGUGGCGACCCUGACCAGGCUGGAGAAGACCUACGACAAGAACGUGGUUCUGGUGACGCGUCGGGAGUACGUCAAGGUGCAGCUGCAGCUCGAGGAGUGUGAGAGACGCCACCAGGAACUUUUCAACCCCAACAUUGGUUCUUGUGCACACACGGGUAUCAUCAAGGUCGGCAAGCCCAUUGUAAGCCAACUGAAUGCCCAUCUUAAUGCAGGCUACAAAUAUGGAGGCUGGGGGAAAGAUUCAAAACCUGUUCCUGACAGAGAAUCUAUGUACUGGUACUCUGGGUACAGCAGUGGCUCCAUUGUUGAUGUUAGGUUCUACACAAAUUAUAAGAAUCUCAUUUUGAGAAACCACUUCCAGCAUCACAACUUACACAGCAGCUGGACUGGCACAGGGAACAAUUUCAUCAUCCGUGACAACUCUCUGUAUUAUCAGAUCAACAGCCCGUUUGGGUUGGCCAAACUUAAUUUCACCACCAUGAAAUAUGAGUCCAGGGUGAUUCCUGGAGCCAGCACCAGAUUCUCCUACACUAACUCCCCCAAUCAGAACUUUGACUUUGCCGCUGAUGAGACGGGCCUGUGGGUGACCUACGCCACUGAGGAGUCCAGCGGUCGGUUGGUCCUUGCUAAAAUAAACGAGCCUUCUUUUGGGGUUGAGGAGGAAUGGGAUACUAGCGUCUAUAAACCAGGAAUGAGCAACACCUUCAUGGUGUGUGGCGUCCUGUAUGGCAUCAGAACAGUUGAUAUCCAAACUGAGGAGAUAUUUUACAUGUAUGACACCAAAACCCAAGAGGAGAGCUACGUCCGUAUUCCCUUUGAGAGGUUCCAGGAGAAAUUUUCCAACCUGGACUACAAUCCCACUGACCAGAAGCUCUACAUGUAUAACGAUGGCUACUACGUUAACUACCAUCUGUGGUUUAACCACACUACUAAAGCCACUGCGGCACCAGCAGUUCUCCUGCCCUAA